CCCGAUUGAACCGACAGGUCAGCUGAAUAACAAAAACAAUAACAACAACAAAGGGAAUUUCUCAUGACUUAAUACGCAUUGUCUUAAAGAGCCUUUAAUCUGGAUUAAUUUUGCUGGUUGUCUUACCCGAUGGCACACACAUAGUUAAACACUCAGUAUGACCAAUGUCGCCUAUGGCAUCGACCAGCCGGACUCCCUUGAGGGCUGGGUGGCUGUGAAAGAAGACCCAUUUACGUGUAAUACCAUCCCUCCACGCCUGCUAUUCCUUGUGUCUUGGAAUGAUGUUGAGAGAAAGAUUGCUGUCACCUGCAGACUCCGUAACCGGGUAGUGAGUGAUACAGAGGAGCACCAUGGGAGGUCAGGAUUGUUCAGUUUCCAGGAGCUGCGAGGGAUACAUGACUUGCUCUGCCUCAUACACCCAUCUCUCGGUCCUUACCUCCCGGAACUACCUGAAGAGUCCUGGGGAAUAUGGGCCUAUGUUAGCUAUCCGGUGACCCCGGAAAAUAUCGAUGAAAUCUGCGCCCAGCUGCAGAACUUCUAUUUUCCGGUUGCUUUAGAGACCUGUAAAGAACAGUUAUUGAUGUCUACGAUGUUUGAGGAGCAUUGUGAUGAUGAGUAUUUUGAGAAUAUCAGCGAGCUGCGAAGACAAGGUUAUGAUUACACCAUUAAGCUUGCGGAAGAGGAACUUAAAAAUGUGCUCUUUGAGCGUGACAAUGCUAGCGGUAUGACCGAGAUGGCAGGUAUCUAUUGUAGGGAAGACACAGCCAUAUUUAAACUGAAUAUUGCUUUAGCUGAGUUGUUCAACUAUCUGCAACAGCCUUUUCUAGACUUGCGUGAAGUGGCAUGUUUGAAGGUUCGUGAAGCAAAAUCGGAGAUUCAAAACCCAAACAACGGGGAACGUGUGCGCCGAGAAUUCUGCAAGCAGCUGGAAGAGUGGCAGGUUCAAUACGAGGAGGCCUUGGAUACCAUACAGGAUAACUAUAUCAAAUAUUAUGGCAAGACUAAACAGGUGCAACUAGAUAUAUUGAAGCGCCUAGAAGAAGACAGGAACAGAUUUGGUCCUACAUCAUUUCAGAUUGUUGCUCAAGAAAGAUUUUAUAGAGUUAAAGAAGACUAUUUUCUAGAAAAUCUACAGUUUUUGCACAAUAAAAAGAAGAAAUAUGUCCAGGAACGAGACAAAGUCAAGGAAAUGAUUGCUAGUAUGGAUGCAUCCCCAAGACUGCAGAAUGACCUUUUACGACUGGAAAACGAGGUGUUUGAGUGGCAGAUCAAAAUCUACGACCUUCACCUUGAUAUCUUUGGGGAGGAGGAGAGAUUGGCCAAGACUCAGAAGGAGGCCAUUACUAGGGUUAUAGAAGAUAAAGCUGAACAGGUGAUAUUUUAUGAUGCGGUCGAGAAUGUGGAUGAUAUUGAGUUAGAAGUAGAAGACGACUUUGACCUUCCAUCCAUGAUGACCUCUGAUCCUAGGCUCAAGGUCAUAAAUCAAAAGUUGAAGGUCAUCAAUACUAAGAGAGCAAAACUUCGAACCAAAAAGGCUAAUUUAAAGUCCAAGAUGCAUUUCAAAGAGAAUCAGAAACGCGAAGAAAUAGAGCGAUUCCAUCACCACCACAGAAUUCAAAAGAAACGUGAGAGACAGAAGGAGGAAGUUGAGCAGAAGCUGGACUUCAUAGAGGAAGAACGGAGGCGUACAAUUGACAGGCUGAAAACAUUUAGAGUGAAGUACCCCACCCCGGCCACUAUCAAGCCUCCACGCUAUCAACCACCCAGUCAGAAACGUUCUGGCAGUGUUCAAACUACCCAAGGUCUUUCAAGCAUUAGUGCCAAACAUACUAGAGCAUCAAAGUCACCCAAGGACCAAAGUGAUGCUUUAAGUAUAAAAGACAAGAAAAGAACUAUAUCUCGUUCCAAGGGAUCAAAAGGCAGUGGAGACAGUGUGGACUCUGCAGGUGACAAUAUCCCAGUAACAAUUUACGUGAGUGGAUCCCCGCAACCACCUAUAUAUGAGACAGAGGCCUCCCAUGAUGGUGAUAUUGACUCUCAGGACUCCCCUUACAGUAUGUUACCUGAGAACCUCCAGGGUACAGGCAGUCCUGGAUCUGUUGCAAGUCCAAGUCCAACAAGUGCCCCUGCAAUUCCACCCCCACCCCCUCCACCCCUCAUGGCCCCACCCCCACCUCCUCCUCCCCCACCACCCCCACCACCCCCACCUAUAGAUGCUCCUAGCCCUGCACAGCCACUAGUACUGAAGAAAAGGUCAGAGGUGAACAGCUUGGGGGCUCAUCAAAAGAAGCAAUCUGACGUAGAGGUACAGCGCCCUGAUCUUCAGUCAAUACAACAAGGCCUUAAGGGACUCAAACCCGCCACAGAUAGACCUCAGCAGCAGCAACCUAAAGUGUCUUCAGCAGACCCAAUGGCUGAGAUGGUGAACCUGAUUAAGAAGGGUGUGAAGUUGCGUCCAAUGAGAGAGCGCCACAUUGACGAUGCCCCCCGGCACGACACACUGCAUACACCCAGUGAGGACCACAUGAAACUGCUCGUGGAGAGUCUCAACAGGAUCAGUGUGUUCACCCGCGAGAGCUCACCGGACAGCGAUAGCGACAAUGGAGAAUUUGAUGACUGAGACCACUGCAGUAUUUCAACUCAACCUUUGCAUGAAAAAAGUUUAGCAGAUUCUUCAACUUGUUUCAUAUAGGCUCGACUAUGGCAUAUUUGAAAAGGUUUCUGUAGCUUUUUGUAUGGAGUGCAUGAAAUCUGAAUAAAGGCAAUCGUGUUCAAAUGCAUUCUCAUUUGCUUGGGCAACAACGUCAAUAAUACUGAAGAAACAUACUAUUGAGAAAACAUUUGUGUCUAAACAGUGUUUAUAAAAAAUAAUAAUAUCUUGAAUAUGUAUAUUUAUGCCCCCCUUCGAAGAAGAGGGGGUAUAUUGCUUUGCUCAUGUCGGUCUGUCGGUCGGUCCGUCCAACAGGUGGUUGUCAGACGAUAACUCAAGAACGCUUGGGCCUAGGAUCAUGAAACUUCAUAGGUGCAUUGAUCAUGACUCGCAGAUGACCCCUAUUGAUUUUGAGGUCACUAGGUCAAAGGUCAAGGUCACGGUGACCCAAAAUAGUAAAAUGGUUUUUGAAUGAUAACUCAAGAACCCAUACGCCUAGGAUCAUGAAACUUCAUGGGUAGAUUGAUCAUGACUUGCAGAUGACCCCUAUUGAUUUUGAGGUCACUAGAUCAAAGGUCACGGUGACCCAAAAUAGUAAAAUGGUUUCCGGAUGAUAACUCAAGAAUGCAUACGCCUAGGAUCAUGAAACUUCAUGGGUAGAUUGAUCAUGACUCGCAGAUGACCCCUAUUGAUUUUGAGGUCACUAGGUCAAAGAUCAAGGUCACAGUGACCCGAAAUAUUAAAAUGGUUUUCGGAUGAUAACUCAAGAACG